AUGUCUAAAAAUAAAAAGUCUGGUUCGCUGCUGCCAGUCCAGCCCUCAACUUCUGAGGGGAAGGAAGCUAUGGACUUAAAGACCACCAACCAAAAGGAGAUAGUGGUCCCUGAGGCGUUUGAGAAAUCCAGCGCGUUGGUCUGCUCCCAGCAAACCCAGUCGCAGUGUGAUUUCAUCCCGGAGGAAAUUAUUCUGUCUCUGACCAACGCAGCCUAUGCCGGCGGCUGCCCUGAAUCCUUGCUACCCUCCAAGAAAGUCAAAACUAUCAAAGAAAUGAAGCCCGGCAUGCGCUCUACGAACGGUGUUUGGCAUCACUCAGUCCGGAGGAACAAGUUCCGCUACCUGACGGAUAACCCCGUCACCUUCAAGGGAGCUGGAAGGGAUAUUUCUUUUUUAUAUGAUGUUAAGGCUGAAAAACUAGCGGAUUCAUGGCUUCCACAGCUUGUGAAAGAGAUUACCUCCAUUGAAGAAAAGCCAGGCAAGGGUUUGUCCAUACCCCAGACGUCACCAAAGAAGUUAACAGAUACUCUGAUCCCUGAAGAAUUUCACAUUGUGUCCAACACAGGAGUUGAAGGUCUACAAUAUUAUGAUGAUAAAUAUACAACCCUGCUAACCGACAGUCAGAAUAGGCUGUUACUUUUCCCAUCCAUGAAACCAAAUAAGAGAAUUGAAGUGAUACAGCUGAAGAAUGUGAUGGAUAUGAUGCUAGAGAAGGCUGGUGUAGAUGCUGACAAAUCAGUAAAUGCAACUCAGAUGCAUAGACUUCUCGAAGUGCUGAAGACUGAGCAGAACAUUUACAAUACGGCAUUUCAUGAAAUCAUUAGACAAGUCAGUGUGGACUGCUCAGACAGAGGAGAACUCUUGUCUAAUAUAAGACAGAGGUAUGUAAAUUUACUUGACCAAAUAGCUCGGCAAAUGAUUGAUUUUUACAAAGACAUGGUGGCCCAACGCAUAAUGGACAAGCGUAUCAUAGAAGAAUUGUUUAACUUCAAGAAGGUUGUUGAAGAGCUGAGCAGAGAGCUAGUUCUAGUUCGAGAAUAUGAUUUAAAGUUGAGGAAAAAAUCAGAGAAGAUCCAUGAGGAGUUGAUGGUAGCUCUCAGUAAUGCAGAGAAGAAUGCCAGAAUUGUGGAGGAGUAUCAUGAUUUAUAUACAUCGCAAAGAUUAAGGAUGGAAGCUGACUUUAAGCAGUUAACUUCUGAAAGGGACAUCUGGAGCUCAGCCACCUAUGACUUGGCCUUAAAGGUCAUUAAAAAAAACAAUCUCAUAUUGACCAGAAGACUUCAUCUUAAUGAAAAGGCUUGGAAUAAAUAUGUCACACAUUUCAUUGUACUGUUGGCAUCUCAGGAUGCAGCAGACCUUUCACAACUGCAGAAGGCUACACAGCAAUGGAGAAGUCUUUUUAGAAACUUCAAAUAUGAUUUGGAGACGAAUGAAAAUAACAUCAAAGAGAGGGUGAAUUUUGUGAAGAAUACCCUCAUCAAGCUGGAGAAGUUCUUCGAGAAAAAUACUGUGGACGGUGUCUUAGGUCCCAUAAAGGAAACUACCAUGAAGACUAUAUGUGCAGACUUAAAGAAAUGUCACCAAAUGUUGAUUGAAGAUGCUGACUAUUAUGGUGGAGAUAAACUAGUUGAAAAGGUAGGGACCCUCAAGAUUGCUUAUCGCCUACAAGGAACCUGGACAGAGUACGGGAGAGCAAUAAUGAAUCGUCAUAAAAGUAUGGAUGGGGAGUUUCUCUCACAACAGAGUCUCAUGGAAGAGAUUAAUGAUAAUGGAGCAAGACUCUGCAGAGAAUAUGAAUCAAGAGUGAAUGGAGGAGAAAAUGGUUAUAACAAGUAUUUUCUAGGCUUAAAUUCUGCUUUUGAAAUGUGGAUAUACAAGAUGGAAAGUGACCAUCCAAUUUCUUCAAUGAAUCAGGCGGACUGGAAGACACUUAGUGGAAAAAUUCCCGAAUUGCUCAACUUACUGGAAAGGAUGUUAGACGUUAUUGGUGUUGUCCCAUUGACUGACGAACAGAUAAAGAAUAAUUAUGUACCGGUAGUCCAAACUGAUGUGUUUCAUUUGAUACAACAGUGGAUUUUGACCCUAUCUAAUGGGACUGACAAGGACAACUGUGAGCUUCAUCACCAAGUGAAUGAACUCCAUAUAGCCAUGAUUAAGUGGAUGGUAAAUAUGCUAAUUUUAAUGAUACCUGACUAUAGUGAUGAGCAUUCUCUCCCAAAGAGUGAAAUAGAUGCUAGUGAACAGGAAAUUCGUCUUCAUACAGGCAUUGCUACGUUGGAAAUAGAAGGCAUGUCACUGGCAAAAAUGUUGAGCCGAUUCUCUAUCUAUAUAUUCAGUUGUUGCAAAAGCACAGUGGCAGCAAUGGCUACGAAGAAAGCAUCUUCCUUUGAUCUAAAUGCUAAUAAGGAGAUUAAGGAUCUGGCAAAGAUUAAGAAAGAAUGCAUGGAUUGGGUUACUACGUGUAAUCUCCUCCUUUCUGAGAUGAAAGGAAGAAAAGUCACUUUGUUGACACCAGAAGAUACAAAAAACCUGUAUGAGUAUGAGCUAGACGUGGACAGCAGGAACUACAACGUGAGCAGAUGGGAGAAGACCUUCGGGGAGAUGGCAUCCAAAAAGCUGGAAGAGAUACCUGAGAAAGAGGAGUCUCCAAAAGAAGGCUCAGAACAGGAGGCUGAGGUUUCUCCAACGCCAAAGGUAACUCUUGUCCGGUAUCUUGGAAAAGACCAAAACAUCCAUUCCAGACCUCUAGAAGUAGAAGAACUGCUGCCUACAGAGGAAGAAGUGACUGUCCUUUCUAAAUUCACCAUCAAUGAAAAGGAAAGACUUGAUGGCCUGGAACUGAUUGAACAUUUAAAAAUAAAACUCCUGGAUACGGAAGUUCGAGUCCAGCUCGCAGAACAGAAAUAUGAAGAAAUAAGUGAGAAGCUGAGUGAGGCCCUUAUAAUAAACCGUGAGCUAGAGAAAGAGCUGCAUAAAGCCCAGGAACGCUUAAAGGUUGCCUACCUUCAAGGACAACUCAGAGAGGAAGAUGAGGAUGAGGAUGAUGACAAAAACGCAGAACCCUCUGGAAGCAAAGAGCACAAGGAUGAUUCAGGAAGUAAAGACAAGGACCAUCACGCUCAGGGUAAAUCUGUCAAACCACACUCCAAAUCCAAACACUAG